AGCAGGGAGUUUGGUGGAGGACAUUGGUGAAAUGAUUCUUCAGCUUCGGAGACAAGUGGAGAGCCUCUUCAGCAUUAAGUACGCUGAGGCUCUGGGCCUGCCUGAACCAGCCAAGGUGCCCUACUCCAAGUUCCAGAUGUACCCGGAGGAUCUGAGCGUCACCGGGCUGCCCGAGGGAAUCUCCCUCCGAAGGCCCAACUGUUUUGGAGCGGCCAAACUGCGCAAGAUCUUAGCUGCUAGCAGCCAGAUUCAGUUUGUCAUCAAAAG